CUAGUGCAGUACUGCAGAGAGGGAUCCCGCAGCUGCUGCUGUCAGGAGCGUGCAGGAAUGUGUGUGUCUCCAGUCUCCUUGUGAGUGAAAUGACUCUAGGACAGCACUGCAGGCAUGUCUUCACUCCGUGCUUUGUAAGUAAACACAGUAUGAGUGUGUGUUCUGCUCCUGUAACUCACAGCUCUUGAAGUAAUGGCUCCAGAGCGAAGAAGGACGCUGUCUGUCUGCUGGCUAACCCAUUGAGGACAUAAGUUACCCGGGUCGACAUGGCCUCUGUCACCGUCAGCUCGGCGGCUCAGAGCCCCGGGAAGAACCGCAAGUCCUUGUCACUGCUCUUCUACCGGGCUGUGCGGGACCUGAAGCCGGUGUGGAUGCUGGAGGAAAUACGGACGAUGCAGACCUUUUACCAGGAGGACGCCAGCCAGAGGAGUUAUACCUCUUCGGAAGCAUUGCUAUACGCUAUAGUUCACGACCACCAGGCGUACGCCAAGUACCUGCUCAGCCGGUACACCGACCAAGCGCUAGCAAAGCCCGGGGAGUGCUUCUGCUGCUGCCCGUCCUCCGCCCCGCACCUGGCCAUGGCUGUCCGCUACGACAGGCGCUACAUCCUCGGCCUCAUUUUACAGGAGACACACCGGAUACCCAGCGCGACAUCCUACACGGACAGAGACGGGUGUUUUCACAUGGAGGACGGCAGGACCCCCCUGCAUCUAGCCUGCGAGCUCCUGCGGCCCGAGGUGGUCAUCAUGCUGCUGGGGAACGGAGCGGCCCCGCAAGCCCCGGACCACAACGGCCUGACCCCGCUGGAUGUCAUUCUGGAGAAACUCAGGGAGGGUAAAGAAGCGAGAUGCGGGGAAGGGAGGCAGUGUCUGGACAACCUGCUCAUGUUCAUACCAAAGGUUCACUUUAAGAUGCAGGGGGCUCUGAGCAGAGAGCCGGAGCGAUGGAGCGAGGUGCUGGGGGAGGAGACGCUCAGCUAUCUGUCCGGAAGAAGCCCGGCGCCGCUGCUCCUCACCGCCAUGCAGACUAUACUGAGGCAGCUCAGCCCGGCCACAUUCCCGGACAGUCUGCACCAACUACCCAUCCCCUCCUCCCUCAAACCCCUUGGCCUGCCCGAGGGCCAGCUGGACAUCAAGAGCGAUGUGUAGCAGCAGUGUGACAUGAUGCAUGCUCCAUUGUAAACAGUUGUAUCUUAGCAUGAUGUGUGAGAGUGUUUGAAGACUGUAUAGAGGAGGAAGAAAUACUCAGAUCUUGUACUUAAGUACUAGUAGAAGUAUCAGAGUGUAGAAAUACUAUGUUAAAAGUAAAAGUCAUGCAUUCAAAAUGUUACUCAAGUAAAAGUACAAAAGUAUUAGCAUCAAAAUAGUACUUAUUAUGCAAAUAGCCCAAUUGUUUUAUAAUGAUUGAUCAAGUGUUAUCAAAGCUGGUAAAGGUGCAGCUAGUUUGAAUUACUUUGACCAGGUUUAACUACAUUCAUAUUGAAGUGUUGAAUAUCAUUUUAAUAAUUAUAUCUCCAAAUCUGCAGAGUAACUAAAGGUAUUCAAUAAAUGUAGUGGAGUAAAAGUACACAAUAUACCUCUGAAUUGUAGUGGAGUAGAAGUACAAAGUAGCAAAAACUGAAAAUACUCAAGUAAAGUACAAAUCCCUCAAAAUUGUAAAGUAGCCUACAGUACUUGAGUAAAUGUACUAAGUUACUUUAUAGCUCUGUCUGUAUGUGCACGAAGCAGUCAUUAUGGCUGAAAAGAUAACCCUUAAAGGUGGGGUAGGUAAGUUUGAGAAACCGGCUCGAGAUACACUUUUUGUUAUAUUCCAUGGAAUGCUCUUAACAUCCCGAUAGCAAUGAAUACCUGAAGUGCUUUGACAAAAUAUACAUAAAAUAUCAUCUGUGGAAGCCGUGGCGCUGUAAAAAGCACGACCAAUCAUCUGAGCCGGCCCGGCUAAAGUAACUGGAUGGCCUACCUGCCUGUCAGCCUUCCAUCUGUGCACAAACUUAUCUCGUGCCCUCAUUGGUCAUGUGCGCGUUCGUGUGUGUUGGAGGAGGGGCUCUGUGAGGAAGAGGCAGAUUUGUUCCGGUUGUGUAUUUUCAAAUUCUAGCGCACUCGAGCUGGUUUCUCCAAAAUGACCUACCCCACCUUUAAGGUAAGGGGCAAUUAAAUGAAUGUUAUCUAAAAAAUGAAUUUGACCCACUGAUUGAGUUUACUGGAGGUUGACUGGAAACCAGGGAACGAACAGCCAUAUUCUGAAACCUUUUACACUAAUCCAGGCUUUAUUAUGCAUUCUAACCUCAAUCUGAAGUGUUAGCCGCAAAUACUACUGCUACUGAAGCCACUGAGCAGACCAACACUGAACACAGUCUACAGGUACUGUUGAUUUGUCACUAUUUAUUUAAAUAGCAAUGGGAUCUUAUAGAUCAUUUGAGUACAGCCAGGUGACUUGUAAACUCUUUGGAUGACUGCAUUUUUUUAAAUAAAUAGGAAUCCAAGUGA